AUGUAUCGAUUAAUAAUACGUUCCAUAUUUAAUCAAAAUUUAUUUUUAAAACGAUACUCAUCUAAUUCAAAUAAUUAUAUUAAUGUUACAAUCAUAGAUCGUGAUGAAAAAUUAAUUAAUGCUAAAGCUAAAAUAGGUUCAAAUAUGCUUGAUGUUGUUUUGGAUAAUAAAUUAGAUAUUGAUGGAUUUGGAGCAUGUGAAGGUACACUUGCUUGUUCAACAUGUCAUGUUGUACUUGAUAGUGAAAAUUAUAAAACACUACCAGAACCAGUUGAAGAAGAAAAUGAUAUGUUAGAUUUAGCAUUUGGUUUAACACCAACAUCACGACUUGCAUGUCAAAUUAUAGUUGAACCAAGAAUGAAAGAUUGGAUUUUUGUUGUACCAAAAGAUGUGAACGAUCAACGGUGA